GUCUAGUAUUCUCCGUAAGUAAUUCCAAAUACAUCACUUCCACUUCCAAUCCGCCAUCUUGUAUGACCUACGCCAAACCCCGGCGAAGUUACUAUCUCAUUCUAGAUCUUCCCUAAUUAUUGUACGCACACGUAUGCUCGCUCGUUGUUUUCUCAUGUAUACUCUUCCAAUAUUCUCAUUCAAUUCGCUAUAUCAUCGUUUUGCUCCCAUGUGAGUAAACAUUUCCUGCGACGCUCGUAUACUUAAGCAGCUCGUAGCUUUAAGAUUCUCCACAUAUUUCCAAUUCAUACACUCUUGAAGUUUCGUACAUGCUCCAACAAUCUUGCCAAACUUCUUCAACUUUAACAAUGACAGCUUCAACCAAAGGUUUUCAAAAUCUUCUAAAGGUUUACAAUUAUCAUCCGAAGCAACUCAUUCCCGACCGAAGUGUUCCCGUCGUUGGAACAGUCUCUAUCACGUCUGCGGGUCAGACCAUCGUUUACCAGUUCCGACCCGGAGACAGCUUACUCGGCCCAGCUCUAGCUAUCAGAGCGCCCGAGGGCCCAAAAUGGUCGGAAAAAGAGGUCCAAAUCCUCUUCCCUCACGAUGCCGAUGCCCGCAUGGUGCCGGGCGACGUGCAAAUUAACAAUGACCUCUACGCCAUCAUCCAUGACCCGGAUGCUGAGGGUAGUUCUGAUGACGAAAAUCCCUCUUGGACCAUAGAGGAGACUUCUCAGGGGCGUCGGUAUAUGAUACCGAUGGCGAAACCUGAUCUUCUGAUGAGCUUCGAUGGCGUCAGAGUCAAUCUUCGUGCGCCAUGGAUGAUCUUGGCGCGCAGGGUGAGCAUCCCGCAAGAACGCAAAGAAGAUUUUCACCGAGCCAUAGCUCUAUUAUUCCAGGGCGAUGAUGAAAUCGAACAGCAGGACGUCAUAGAUAGCUCCAAGAUACUCAAUAGCGCAGGCUUAAUCCCACGGCCGCAACCACCAGAAACCGCAGGACGAAACCGAUUUAGAAAGCUAGUGAAUCGAGUUCGGGUUCGACGAAAAGUCGAAGACCCCUCACUGAUACUACUCGGUCCGGCACCGACAUUCUACAAGGUAGAGCUCCACGAUGCGCCAAUCAAUUGGGACGAUUAUGAGCCUACCGAGGAUGCGGUGCGUCAGAACGGAGAACGCCCAGCAAAUAUGCCAAAACUCGGCCUCACAGUUCUCGAACUGGAAGCUCGCCGAUUGCUGAAGUUGCCGAUGACGGGCCUCCUCGCUGCGCAUGAGCAGCGGCUCGUAGGUCGUUAGCUUCACCUUUAGCGUUUUUGCUUUUGACCAAUCUCAUCAAGGUCUCUCCUUUGAGCUUCUAAAUUGUCCCCGGCUCAUAUUUUCCUUAAGUAACUUAAAAUACAUCGCCUCCACGUCUAUAAUCUCAUCUUCUCUGUUGUAAUAUGCGAACCUCCAGUGAUUGUUGUGCACUGUC